AUGUUAAAAAACGGAUUUCUGUUUUUAGUCCUAGCUAAUAUUAUCCUCGGUUUACGCACAAAAAUCACCCAGACUGCUCCUGAGCUCGAAGAAAGCUCAGAAUCCGCUGAAAUUGAAGUUUCAAGCGACUCUUAUAGUACAGACACAGUAGAAAUUGGUGUAAUAAUUGACGAAGAAGCUGGAACUGUUUGCACAAAUUGCAUUACUAUAGACGAAUUUGAAGCUUUAAUAAGCGGAGAAGCAAUAGCUGACAUUAAUCAAAUAUAUGACACUGAAGAAACAGAACAGCCAUCAGAAGAGGAGACAGAGCCAGAAGAAGAAAGCACUUCUGAAUCAGAAGAAGUAGUGCCUGGUGAAGAAGAAACCAUAAGUGGAUUACCCUCUGUCGCUGAUAAUGUGUAUGCGACCUCAGACGUACCAACUGGAAUCCCAGUCGAAAAUUGUUUAAAAGAGACUUUAGCUGCUGUUUCUUGGACAAAUGAUAUUACUCAUUUGAGAGUUUAUCAUGCUCAUGAUGGGAUAAUCGAAGAAUGGUGCGAAGAUGGAUAUGGAUGGUUUUCAACAGGAUAUUUUACUAUUGGAAAGACAGUCUCAGCAAUAGCAUGGGGUGAUACUAAUAUUAGAGUUUAUGUAGGUGAUGGUAAAAAUAUUGUGGAGUACUGCUAUUCAGGAGGAAAUGGCUGGUAUAAAGGGGCUUUUGAAGUUGAAGGAGUUACUUCAUCUGUAACUGGCUGGGAAGAUGAAGGAAAUUUGAUAUUCAAGCUUUAUGUUGUAAACGCUGAAGGAGGGAUAGAAGAAUAUACUUAUGAAAACGGCUGGGGAACACUUUUCGAUAUGAGUUCACAAUAA